CGCAAACGGCACUUGUUACAGACUCAGCCAAGCACGCCGGCGGUGCGAAAGUGCAACUUGUAAUCAUCGCGUGUUACCAACUCGUAACCAGAGUGCCGUCUAUUCAUCAUAUAAUCACUUAGUGCAGUUACCAUCAUCAACUUUACAUCAAGAUGAUGUUAAAUUACGUCAAGUACGGUCUUUCGGAAGAUCCAGACCCUAAAUCUCAAAUCGGAAUAAUCAAAAACCCUGUUGAAGAAAAAAUAAUAUUAAAAUCACGACAACCGUCAACAAUUAAUACAAAUGUCAUCGAAGACACACAGGAAAAGAAGAUUUACAAGAAAGAAUACGUCUGGUGGAAUAUUAUACUCCUUGGCACGUUGCAUAUUGCAGCUGUGUAUGGUUUAUGUUUGAAAUUUGAUCAUUUUGGGGCGAAUGUAUUCGGUAAAGUAAUAGCACUUUUAUCUACGCUGGGAAUCACUGGUGGCGCUCAUCGUUUGUGGACACAUAAAUCAUACAAAGCAAAUUGGACCGUGCAGAUUAUUCUGAUGUUCAUGGCGACAUUAACCUAUCAAAACAGUAUUUAUAUUUGGGCGAGAGAUCAUCGCAUGCAUCAUAAAUACUCGGAAACAGAUGCUGAUCCACAUAAUGCAAAAAGAGGUUUCUUUUUCUGUCACAUGGGUUGGUUAAUGGUCAGAAAACAUCCGGAUGUGAUUGAAAAAGGCAAAACAAUCGAUAUGAGUGAUUUGAAAGCAAAUCCAUUGGUUAUGUUUCAACAUAAAUAUUAUUAUCCGUUGGUAUUUUUGAUCGCUGCGGUGAUUCCGUCGUGUUUCGCACAUUAUAUUCUUGGUGCAUCGUGGGAAGUCGCCAUUUUCCAUGUGACCAUCUACAGAUACAUUGUUUCGGUUAAUUUGGUGUGGUGUAUCAAUUCAAUGGCGCAUUUAUACGGAAAUAAACCAUAUGAUAAAAAUAUUGGUCCCACUGAAUCAGGAAUGAUGAGAGUUUUUGGUUUUGGUGAAGGAUUCCACAAUUAUCACCACACAUACCCUUAUGAUUACAAAGCAGCGGAGUUUCAUAAUGAUUCGCGUAAUCUGACGACGUUUAUGAUUGAUUUCUUCGCGUGGAUAGGUUGGGUGACAGACCGGAAGACUGUGUCGAGAGAGGCCAUUGAUGCAAAAUGCGCGCGCAGUGGAGGAGGCGAUCGUGAAAUGGAUAUGCAUGAUCCUUAUAAAAAAGGUCUACAGGAAUAUUAAAUCGUUUUUAUUGAUUUCACUAUUGCUAUUUAUAGGCUAAGGUUAAUUUAUUGUAAUUGUAUCGUUUAAACAAGAGAUGUGGAAUUGUUAAAAUAUUAAUUUCGUUUAUAAACUUAAUGUUAAUAAAAAAAAUUAAAAUAA